UUGUUUACAUAUUGGAUUGUUUUGUUUCCUCUAUUGCUUUAAUUUAAUUUGAGUUUUAGGUCAAGUUGUGCUCUGAUCAAGGUUAACCUGGAGGUUGCAUGUUGAGGGUUUUUAAAAAAAUUACUCUUUUCCUUUUAGGAUAAUAUGGUUAAAAUUUGAGCAUUAUGAGAAGUAAGUAAACAGUGUCCUGAAGGAUGUUUUGUGGUUUAGAAGAUGAAAUUAUGGUUCUGUUUGUUGUAGUUGGGGGGAAUGGGAAUGGGACUCUGAGAAGUGGGGUUGAGUUUGGCAUUAUUAGGUAACAACUUGUUCAAUGCUGAUUGUUGCUUAUUAAGGUUUUUUAGCCUAUAACUUCAUCUCCAAUCCAUUUAAUUUCUUGUUAAUAAUAGCAUUCAUGAAUUAUUGUACAUUAGGCCUAUGAAAACUACAGCCUCAUAAAUUCUCUUGCAGCUAAUCAAGUAGAAACAUAGUUACAUACUGUGAUGGCUAUGGAUGUAAAAGGCAUAGCAUGGGUUGGAAACGUGUACCAAAAGUUUGAGAAUAUGUGCCUCGAGAUGGAAGAGAUGAUGCUUCAGGAUACUGUUAAAUACAUGGAGGAUCAGAUGCAGACUGUUGGGGAAAAUGUUAAAAAAAUUUAUGCUGGUGUCAUGAAAGAUUUACUUCCUCUAUCUUUGUGUGAUUUGGAUGAAAAGGCUGUGUCUGAAUUGCCGAUAGAUCAUCAUACUGAUGACAGUUCCUUGGAGAUGACAUCUCAAGGUUCCGAGAAAAUAACCGUAAAGGCAGAUGCCAAGGAGACAGCAGAGGAUUCAAGGGUCAAUUUUGAUGUUGACAUUGCUGCAAUACGUGAUGAAUCUUGUGAUGCCAAUCCUUUGUUUGAGUCGGAUGCUGGUGAUUUUGUUCAAGUUGGUAAUUCAUAUAUAAAAUCAAACCUUGGUGGUGACGAAAAUCAACAAAGUAAGAUGCCUUCAACCAAUGCAGCCAGUGAAAUCACUUCCUUAGCAUCAGAUAGAGGCAGAUGCAGCACAUCUCAAGCAUGUGAGCUCUCAGAUGAAAAACAAAAUCAUGAAGUUAAUUUUUCAAAUCCGCCUUCUUCUGAAGUAAAAAGUCCUGCUUCUGAUGCACUGUGCUGCGCUGAAAUUGAAAGUUCAAGUACUGAACAGAUCUACAAUGCUCCGGCAUCAGUUAAGCCAGCUGAAAAGAAAGAGAUGAACAUGGGUUGUUCUUCCUCCAGUGUCCUAUUCGGAGACUCAGAUGGGUUCUCUAUGAUCAGAGCAAUAGAGUCAGAUGAGUAUUCUCAUGACACUGUUGUUGUAUCUCAUCCAGAAAUUCCAGGAGCAUGGAGUUCAGAUGCAACGAUGAUUGAUACCGUGCAACAAGAUGAUGAGCAGAAUCUUGAUGAAACUUGUAUUAUGGUGACCAGAGAUGAACUUCAAUUAGCUCCCAAGACUGGUGGUAAUCUAGAGAAUAAUAAGAAAAAGAGGCGGCAACCCUUCUCGUUAUCCAAGAAGUCUGCAAGGAAGCAAGAGUAUAAGGAGCUUGUGAUAUGGCAUGGAAACAAUGAUGAAGAGGAGGAUGUUGUGAAGAAUUCAUGUCCAAGCUCAGUUAAGGAUCACAAAAAUUCACAGCUUCCUGAUGUCUCUGAACCUGAAUGGGAGCUUCUCUGAAUAUACCACAUUUUUAUCCCUAUAUAUAUAUUGUUGAGCAUACAGUAUUGCAGCGAAGAUUCAAUUUUCUUACAAUAAGAAUUUAUGUUACUAGACCUUUUCCUAGUUCCUAGCAGCAACACUUUUGUUCCUUCUUUUUCCCCUGUUCUUAAUUAAUUAGGCCAUUCAAAUGAGAACAUCUAAAUAGGGUAGUUUAAGUUAUAUAUAGAAUGUGAAUGUCCACUUUUGUUUUUUAUUGACUUCUUAUGUUUAUAUUGAGUUUUCAUAUUAUAUACUUUUGGAGAAUUUGAAAUGUUUAGCAUAAA